GUUUAAUCUGGUGGGCGGAUUAAAAUAAUUAAAAUAGUGACCAAAUUUAAUUUGGAAAAAAAUGACAUAUAGGCGUGUAGGAAAAUUAAGAUGGGACGUGGAGAUUUAACAGAAUAGGAAUAAUAUGGCUUUUAGAGUACAUGACCAAAUAUGUUGAAAAAGAUUUAAGAAGGACAAAUAUAGCUUUGUGAGUGUACUAGGGCAAAUUUAACCGUUUUCCAUUUAAAUUAUUUUUUGCCCGAGUUAUGAAAUUUUGAACUGGUUGGACGGUCACUACUAUUGGGUCCACCUUUAACACCCCUAAACAGGUUGAAUGUUUUUAAAGAGUUGCAUUAAAUCUUCAAAAGAAAAGGAAUUUUUAAUGUGAAUUUGCAUUUUUAUAUGCAACAUAACCGCCUAGGCUGCUGAGAAAGAGAAGCAACUACCUUGGAGACCGUUAUGAAAAAAGCAGAGCCAAAAACACACCUAAGAAACUCCCCACACCUCUCUUUCUUGGUCAAAUAUAUGCGUACUAUUCUCACUUUCCCCUUUCCAAGGAUCACCCCUUUGUCUAGUUUCUUUAACAACUUUAGUCUCUGAUCCUCUUCUUGGUCUCUCUGCUAUUGUAAUUAGUACUACUAUGCAUUCUUGGGCAUUCUUUAGAACAUCUAAGCCUGCAAUCCGAGUGCUUGCGGCUCAAAAUCCUGUAUUUAUUCGUUCCAUCUUCACCAAAUCAAACGAUGUUCGUUGUGCCUCCAAUGAAUAUAAAAGGAGUAGAACACUUGUUGAAUCCUUUUUGGGUUCUGGGCUCAUUAUUGCUGCCUCAACUUUAGCUCUUUAUUAUAAUAUUUCAUCCUCUUCUGAACAUAUUUGUUAUGCUGAUUCUGCAAGUAGAAAUGAAGACCCUGGGAAGAAGUCCACGUUUUUAUUUGGAGAUUCUUACCGGAAAAAGGUUUUCUUCAAGUACGAGAAACGGUUGAGACUGCAAAGUCCUCCUGAAAAGGUGUUUGAGUACUUUGCGUCUUACCGAACUCCAGGUGGCGAAGUCUAUAUGACUCCAGGAGACUUAAUGCGAGCAGUUGUUCCGGUGUUUCCUCCAUCUGAAACUACUGGUGUUAGAGGGGGUUAUCUCAAAGGAGAAUCCCCUUCAAGUGAGCUAAAUUGUGCUCCUUCUGAAUUUUUCAUGCUCUUCGAUACCAAUAAUGAUGGACUUAUAUCAUUUGCAGAGUACGUAUUUUUUGUUACACUACUGAGCAUCCCGGAAUCAAGCUUUUCGGAGGCAUUUCAAAUGUUUGACCUUGACAAUGAUGGAGGAGUUGACAAGGAAGAAUUCAAGAGAAUGAUGGAACUCAUGCGAACUGCUAAUAGACAAGGUGCUAAGCAUAGAAAUGGAAUGCGAUUUGGACUAAAAGUCACUGGUUCAGUAGAGGAAGGAGGUCUGUUGGAGUACUUCUUCGGCAAAGAUGGCAACGGGCGCCUUGAGCAAGAAAAAUUUGUUCAGUUCUUACGAGAUUUACAUGAUGAAAUAUCGCGAUUGGAAUUUGGCCAUUAUGACUACAAGUCACAAGGAAGCAUUUCUGCCAAAGAUUUUGCUCUAUCAAUGGUUGCAUCUGCUGAUAUAAGUCACAUCAACAAGUUUCUUGACCGAGUAGAAGAUCUGGAUGAUGAAACACGGCUUAGAGACGUACGCAUUACAUUCGAGGAAUUCAUGAGCCUUGCUCAGCUACGCAAAGAAUUGCCGUCAUUUUCUCAAUCCAUCUUAAGCUAUGGGAAAGUAAAAGGACUUUUGUCGAAGCAAGAGUUGAAAGGAGCUGCUAACCAAGUUUGCAGCAUAUCCCUUACUGAUAACGUGGUGGAUUUGAUAUUUUUCAUGUUUGAUUUAGAUUGUGAUGGGACUUUAAGCUCAGAUGAGUUCCUAAGAGUGCUGCAAAGAAGAGAGCCAGAAAGUUCACAACAAAGAGAGUCAGGUGUUGUGGGCUUCUUCUCUGGCUGGCUGGACUCGACGAAAAAGUAGUUUUGCUUGCAAGAGCACUCGCUAAUUGUUUUUGAUUUACUAACAUCUUUGGACCCUAGAGAAAAUGAUUCAAACAUAGUGGAUACUGAUAAAGAUUGUAGGGAAUCCAACAUUUUGUAUUAGUUUUUAUCAAUAGGAAUUCUAUGAAGGGAGUUGAACUUUUAAGAGUUCCACAUCUGGGCAUUGUACAGGGUCUGCAUAUAAAAUGCCUCAAUUCAUAAGCAGUAAUGCACAAUAAUAGUUUGUGUUGUUCCCCAUAUC